AUGGCUGACCAAGAAAAAAUUAUAAAGGAAAAAAAAAAGGAAACUGGACAGAUUACAGAAGAUGGUAAUUGCCUCAAAAGAUAUCCAUCAAUAGCCACCAUAUCAUCCUCCGAAUCAGUAGCAACACCUGCAUUUGAUAUUUCAAAGUUACCUGAAAGAGUAAUAGUACAGAUUUUCCAACCCCUAAGUAUCAUUGAUCGGGCAAACUGUGCUCAAGUCAACAAUGCCUGGAGAUCCAUGACACAUUUAAGAUCAUUGUGGAAUGAUAUCAAUUUUUCUUUAGUGUGCCAAAUAGUCAAUGACAGAUAUAUAGGACAAAUAUUACAAAGAUGGCGACCUAAUGUGUUACGUCUGGAUUUCCAUGGAUGUUCUUCUCUUCAGUGGUCUCCCUUUACAUUCAUCAAUCAAUGUAAAAAUUUGCAAGAACUAAAUGUCUCUGAAUGUGUAGGAUUAAAUGACGACGCAAUGAGAUAUGUGUCAGAAGGCUGCCCAGCACUUACCCAUUUGAAUGUAGCUAACACAGAUAUUAGUAACAGAACAUUAAGACUACUAUCAAGAUGUUUCCCCAAUUUACAGAAACUAAGUUUGGCUUACUGCAGGAAAUUCACAGAGAAAGGUUUACUGUACCUGAGUUUAGGCAAAGGAUGCCACAAGAUCACCGAUUUGGACCUUUCAGGUUGUACUCAGAUUUCAGUUCAGGGAUUCAGGGAUAUUGCAAGCAGCUGCACUGGAGUGAAGCACUUGGUUAUCAACGAUAUGCCAACUCUGACGGAUAGUUGUAUAAAAGUUUUAGUGGAAAGGUGCAAAAACAUUACAUCUGUAGUAUUCAUUGGUUCACCACAUCUCUCUGACACUGCUUUUAAAUAUCUUACUGACUGCUCCCUUAGCAAGGUUCGAGUUGAAGGGAAUAAUCGGAUCACUGACUUAACUUUCAAACUUAUGGAUAAAUGUUAUGAAGAUCUUAAUCAUAUUUACAUGACUGACUGUGAGAGGAUUACUGAUGCCAGCCUUAAGUCAAUUGCUAAUUUGAAGAAUCUUGUUGUAUUGAAUUUAACCAAUUGUAUAAGAAUUGGUGAUGCUGGCCUAAGGAGCUUCCUUAGUGGACCUUCAAGCUCAAAACUUAGAGAACUGAAUUUAACUAACUGUGCCCAAAUAAGUGAUCUUGCUCUUGCACAAAUGGGAGAAAGGUGUCGUAGUCUUACCUACUUGAAUUUACGUAGUUGUACACAGUUGACUGAUUGUGGGAUUGAAUUCAUUACAAAGCUUCCCAACUUGAUUUCAAUUGAUCUUUCUGUAACAGCCAUCACUGAUGAGGCUUUGACAUCACUUUCCAGUCAUAAAAAGUUAAAAGAACUUACUGUUUCUGGAUGUGAAUUUAUCACGGAUUCAGGGAUCAAGGAAUUCUGUCAGUUGACACCAAUUUUGGAACAUUUAGAUGUCUCUUACUGCCUCAAGCUUUCUGGAGAAGUUUUGAAAGCACUGUCCAGUAAAUGCUUUAGGCUUACAUCCCUCAACAUUGCUGGCUGUCCAAAGAUGAAUGACUUGGCCAUAAGGAUUUUGAGCAAAAAAUGCCAUUACCUUCACAUCUUGGAUGUCUCUGGAUGUGUACACCUUACUGACAAAGCCAUUGAAUACCUUCUGGAAGGCUGCAAACAGCUUCGGGUCUUGAAGAUGAGAUUCUGCAGGCGGAUUUCCAGGUAGGAUAUUAAAGUUUUCUGUGUCAAAACCUCUGGUGCAUGGAGAAAUACUGACAUAGAUUAACAUAAUACUUUCUGUGCACAGUAACAUUCAGAAUUUCUUUUGUUGCAUACAUAGAUUGGUUUGCUAGUUGG